AUGAGCCCGUCCGCGAUCGACCCGUCGCCCGUCGACAUUGACGUCAAGCCGUCCAAGGCCAACAUCGGCGUCUUCACCAACCCGGCCCACGAUCUCUGGAUCACCGAGACUGAGCCCAAGCUCGAGGAUGUGCAGAACGGGGAGACGCUGAACCAUGGCGAGGUCACCAUAGCCGUCAAGAGCACCGGCAUUUGCGGCUCCGAUGUCCACUUCUGGCACGCGGGCUGCAUCGGCCCCAUGAUUGUCGAGGGCGACCACAUCCUGGGGCACGAAUCCGCGGGGCAGGUCAUCGCGGUGCACCCGUCGGUCACCCACCUGAAAGUGGGAGACCGUGUGGCCAUCGAGCCGAACAUCAUCUGCAACGCAUGCGAGCCGUGUCUGACUGGCCGAUACAACGGCUGCGAGAAGGUCCAGUUCCUGUCGACGCCGCCGGUGCCGGGCCUGCUGAGGAGGUACGUGAACCACCCGGCCAUCUGGUGUCACAAGAUCGGAAACAUGUCAUACGAGAACGGCUCGCUCCUCGAGCCGCUCAGCGUCGCCCUGGCGGGCAUGCAGCGCGCCAAGGUCGAGCUGGGCGACCCGGUCCUGGUGUGCGGCGCCGGCCCCAUCGGCCUGAUCACGCUGCUCUGCUGCAAGGCGGCGGGCGCCUGCCCGCUGGUCAUCACCGACAUCGACGAGGGACGGCUCAAGUUUGCCAAGGAGAUCUGCCCGUCGGUCAUCACGCACAAGGUGGAGCGGGCGAGCGCCGAGGACGCGGCCAAGGCCAUCGUCAAGACGUUUGGCGGCAUCGAGCCGAGCGUGGCCCUGGAGUGCACGGGGGUGGAGAGCAGUCUCGCCUCGGCCAUCUGGGCGGUCAAGUUCGGCGGCAAGGUGUUCGUGAUCGGCGUGGGCCGCAACGAGGUCAACUUCCCCUUCAUGCGCUGCAGCACGCGCGAGGUCGACCUGCAGUUCCAGUACCGGUACUGCAACACGUGGCCGCGGGCCAUCCGCCUGAUCGAGAACGGGGUGAUCGACCUGGAGCGGCUCGUGACGCACCGAUACAAGCUCGAGGACGCGCUGGAGGCGUUCAAGACGGCGGCGGACCCCAAGACGGGCGCGAUCAAGGUCCAGAUCCAGAGUUUCGAUUAG